AUGUUUUUUACGGUUAAAGAACACUACAAUAAGCAAAAUGAUAAAGUGUACGCUCACAUAUCUAAAGAAGCUGCUCAAGUGGUCGGAAAGGCACAGCGUGGUCAUCAUCCUGCGUCGGUGAUGAUAAGCCGUGACCCCCGUUCCCAGAGGGAAUUGUGCCAUUGUGAACAAGGCAUCGGUACCAACGCCAUGUUGCUCAAAAUCUUCUUUCUUACUGUUUGCGUCUGCAAAGGAUUAAGUCAAGAUAUCCCAGAAGAAUUAGAUACGAGCGACGAGAACCUCAUAAAUGGGGAAAAGAAACUCAGCAAUAACAUCCUCGAGAUCUUGGAGCACUUUAAGCAGCCGAACCCUAUCGGCAUGCCCGGGGCUUCCGUGCCGGAGCCCUACGCCGUGCCCGACAUGAAGCAGACCCUCACGUUCGGAACAACACUGUACUUCAAGAACACGGCUGUCUACGGCAUCAGCAAGUUCAGAAUUGUGUACAUCAAUGCAGAAAUUGGUGCAAUGGAGGUACAAGCUGUAAUGGCUAUUGACAAGCUACAAGCACGUGGUAAUUACACAAUGUCAACUUGGUUGAACAGAGCUCAAGGACCAUUCACGGUAGACGUUACAGGACUUCUAAUCAAAGCCCGAGCUAACUUAGGCGUCGAAAGAGACGGCAAACUCAGGGCACAGAACAUAAAUAUUGAUAUCUCAUUCAGCACCAUAGCAGUAAACUUCGAGAAUCUCGGUUUCUUCGGGAGCAUGUUCCAAGGUGUCAUCAACUCCGUCGGCACGUUCGUUUUCGACACGAUCAAGCCGUACAUUCUUAAAGAAGCCUAUGUUAAAGCUCGGACUGCCAUUAAUACCAAACUUGAUGAAGUCGCGGGUGAUAUGCAAUUUCCUAACUCUAUAUCACCACUAGACAUGGUCAUAGCGGAUACUAGAAAAAAAAUACGCGAAAUGAAUUUCGACCCGUACGAAAUAAAGGAUUCAAACAAUACAAUUAGCGUAUUUUCUGUGAAACUGACGCACACUUGGGUGACGGGAUUGUCGUCAUUCCAAAGAGUGGGGAAUAUAACUCUCAAGAUGGAAAACAAUACGUUGAUCGCUGACUUCAGCAUCGGCACGCAGAAACUUGAAGGGAUGACACAGUGGGAAAUCAUUGCUAUUAGUGGUCUGAUGUCAAGAGCGGGAACCGCUUCAUUCUCAGUUGAAUACGUGAGUGGAAGGCUGAUUCUCGCUCAACCCCUGGACACAAGAAAAAAACCUGAAUUUAGAGAUUUGGAUCUCGAAGUGGGUAACAUACAGGUGCGCUGCGACGGUGCUGGCACUUUGGAUUAUGUCAUCGAAUUAGUUGUUAAUAUCUUACCCAACUUAUUGAGGUAUCAGAUAAUGGACGCUUUGGAAAAUCCAAUUAAAGAAAAGAUGCAACAAGAACUAGAUAAAAUUAACGUAGAAGAAACGAUUAAACAGGAAUUGCCCAAGUUGGAUGAGAUGCAAGAACAAGGCUUAAAGCUGUCUAGUUUGAAAAGCCCAGAAACAAACGAGGGACCAUUUGACGAGGAUGAAUUCUUUAACUUUUGAUUACAUCAAACCAAUAGGUAUAAUAUUAAAAGUGUGUCUGAAGUUGUAGUAAAAAUAAACCAGUGUGUAAGCGAAGGUAAGGCGAACUUUUUCUCCGUGUCGAUAUAACGUAAUUUAUCCUACUAUAUUAUAAAUGUGAAAGUUCCUAUGUUUGUUACUUAAUUACGCAAAAACUACUGAACGGAUUUAGAUUAAAUUUGGUACGCAUAUAGUCUAGGACCUGGAUUAAGACAUAGAAUACUUUUUAUACCGAAAAAAAUAUGUUCCUGAGGGAUUCUCAAAAAUUAAAAUUAAAGCGGAUGAAGUCGCGGGUGGCCGCUAGUACAUAAUAUAAAUGGAAAUGUACGUUAACGAUGCAAGUUCCUCUAGGAUAGGUGGAGGCGAAUAGCAAAUAAACAAAACAACCAAAUAUUUAAUAUUGUAUUUAUUUCUUUUUUACUUAGUGAAUGAUUUCGAUUAUUUUGUAGCAGCUGUUUAUCGGUACGUAAUGAUAUAAGUACAUUUAAUGAAUGUUACUAAUUAUUCCACUCAGAG